AGCUUUCAGAGCUCAAACGAAGAAGUGCAGUGUCACAGCACUUGUCAAUAGAGUGAAAUAUAAGGUUUAUACAAACGUCUUUGACUAAUCCGAGAAAAUGAUCGUAGUGAAGUCAUUGGUUUUCUCCGUUUUGCUCUUGGGAAUACUUGGAGUUGCAGAGGUAGCUUCAACCAGAAGAGGGAAAGGUCGUCGUUUACAGCAAAGACCAUUGGCUCCUGCCUAUCAGAACAACCCUAUCCCAGUUGCACAACCACAAGGUCCGUCUUAUCGCAGCCUUCCAAGCGGUUAUCCGACACCUCAAGCAUUACAACAACCUGCCCGUCCUAUUGCGCCGAGGCCUGGACUAGUUGUGUUUGGUGUUGGACCAAACUCCCUUCAAAUUCCGAAUCACUACUCCAGUUAUGCUGCGGCCCCUCAACAAACUAAACCAGCUGUUCCUGGGCCAGCGUACGCGUCACCAACUCCAAUGGCGACCCAAACUCCACCUAGGAUCCAGCCGGCUACAUCUACUUACGCACAACCAGCCUACAAUCAACAAAACGUUGAACAAACGAAGUACAAUUCCCAACCGAUUCAACCGGCUUACCCUGCUCCAUCCCCACAGUAUGGAAACAAGAUUCCAGCAGCCCAGUCAGGAAACUAUCAACAACCCAGCGCGCAAGUGGUGGCUGUUCCAGCAUCUGUCCCUGUCCCUAAAUUGCCAGAGAGCGUCCCAUUCUACGUGGCUCCAGCAAAGUCCACCGUUUACGGAUCAGCCUACGGAGAUAAUUCGGCAAGCUAUCCCACAUCAGACUCUUACACAAGGGGAGAAGCUUCAAAGCCAGUAGAAUCCGUUCCGGCAUCGUACCAAUCCCCGUCCAAAAAGCCGCAGGAAAAUUACGGAACUACUGCAACGACUUCAUACAAUUCAAAGCCUACCGCAACCUACACUGGAACGAAAGCAGAGCAAUCAACGGAGGCUUAUGGGAAGAAAACCACACAAGUAAAGGAAAGUCAAUCUUAUUCCUCAACCCCAUCGCCCAAAGUUAAGUAUUCUACGGAAGCUUCCUAUUCCACUACUGAAUCCAAACCAACAAGUGGUUCCUACGACAAACAUUCUUACUCAGAAAAAUCUAAGGCCGGCAAGGAUCAGUACAAGAAACCCGUUCAUCCAACUUCGCAAUCCUAUAAGGAAACAGAGUCUCUGUCGUAUGGCGAAAAGAAGAAAGAAAUUGAUUCUUCAUCUCUUCCUUAUUCCAAAGUGGAAGCGAAGCCGGUGAGCCAAUCUUCUAAGCAAGAUGAGUACAAGGAGUCAAAGCAAGAAGAUAGUAAAGCGAAGGCCCCUGCUUAUCCUACAGCCGAUUCCCAUAAAAAAGGAGAGUACCAAAAAGAUCAAAAGGAAGAAGUAUCAGUCUACUCGCCGUCCAUCUCUUCCACUAAAUCGGAAACCAUAAACAAGGGCAAGUCUUACCAGUCUCAUACACAAACUGAGAAAUCUUAUGCCAACAAAGAUAAACAGCAGACUCCAGCUUACUCAACCACGCAAUCCUACAAAGAUAAGCCGCAGACUCCAGCUUACUCAACAACGCAAUCCUAUAAGGAAGAGGAUGCUAAGUCGUACGGCGAACAGAAGAAGAAAGUGGAAGAGCCAAGCCUUUCUUAUUCCGCAGUGGAAUCCAAACCUGUCAUUGAAUCUUCAAAGCAAAAUGCAUACCAAACAUCAACAGAAGGCAAGGCAAAGGUUCCUACUUAUUCCGCAUCCAACGAUGACAAGAAAGUAGAGUCAGUAAAAGAGGUCAAGGAUUACAAAAAGCAAGAAUCCACCUCUUAUGAAAACAAACCUGUUAGUGACUCUUACACGAAACAUUCAGCUUCCUACGUAGAAGAGAGUCAGUACCCAAAACUAGUUGUUUCCACUUCAGCGCCUUACAAGAAAGACGAUUCGAAUUCUGACUACAAACAGAAACAUUAUGGAGCUGAGCCUAGUUCGUCAAAAGCUGCAGCUGUUCCAACUUACGAAAAGUACCCAAGCACUUCGUCAGUUACACAAGAGCCAUCCAAGUAUCACGAGUCAAACUCAAAGACGUACGAAUCCAAGUAUCCGUCUGUUUCUCCAGCGACCAAGGCUCCAGUUAAAGAAGUAAAUACCUAUUCCAAACCAACGUCUGAUGAAUCAAAAAGUUACAGUUCGCCAGCGUAUUCCACAACAUCAUCUCCAUCAUAUUCAACAGGCUACACGACCACUACUAAAGCAUCCACAAUCUCUUACGAAGACAAACCAAAGGCAUACUACACCACUACAGCCAAAUAUAAAGAGAACUCCACGUCUGCGAAAGUGGUAACACAGCAACCUCCUGCAUACAAAAGUACAGUCGAGUACGCACCAGCUGCGACCACAUCGACCCAAAAAGAAGACUAUAGGGACCAAUACUCUUCGAAGAAGGAUACAAGCACAAAGGCACCUGUUGUAAUUGAAAAAUCUUACGCAACUCCAACCACAACGGCAAAGUACAAUGCGAAGGCAAAUGAUCGAGUUUACGUUGUAUCCGAGCAAGAUGAAAUCGUAGAAACUUACCAGACGAAAGAGCCUGUGUCAUCCUAUCCGUCUUACCCCAAUCCAUCGGUAGAUGAAAAAUUGUCAUCCGCCAAACAAGUUGUGAAUCAAUAUGAUCCAAGCGGUCGUGGCUACAAUAGCGCAUCAUCUAGCACAUCAAACAAGUCAAGCUACGAAGGUCGACCUGCUUCUUCAUCCGCCGCUGAUCUUCCGGCGUAUAACCGUAAGCCAACCAAAGAGGCCGAUAUCCUCACCACCUCAGUAGAAGGUGCAAAGGACUCCGGCAAGUACGGUCAUGAUGGCGUUGACGGUGACUACUCUGCCAUUCCAGGAAAACCUGAAAUUGAUUAUCCCAUAUAUUCAGAGCUGCCGAAUAACAAGUUUAACUGUUCCGAACAACAACUUCCAGGAUAUUAUGCCGAUACAUCUGCUCGUUGUCAAGUGUUUCACAUUUGUUUGGGUGAUCGUCAAUGGAGCUUCCUCUGCCCUAAUGGAACGAUAUUUAGCCAACAGCAUUUUGUCUGCGUCUGGUGGUACGAAUUCGACUGCUCGAAAGCACCAGCUCUUUAUGAAUUCAACGAGAAAUUGUUUGUCAUUCCAUCGACGCAACAAGCCCUCGAUUACGAAGGUGAGCAACGCGCAAAGGCUGUAGCCACUGAAACUUUGGAAGAAACAGGUAAACGGUACGAUCCAUUAAGUAACAAGAAGGAAACAACUUCAGGCGCUUACUAAGCUCUCUCGCUAUGUUGAAGCUAAGAAAAUCUGGAAAAACAGGUAAAAUGCGUCAGGUGGAUGUUCAGUGAAGGAAGUGAGACGCAGAAGCGACGUAAUAACGCAAAAGAUUUUAAUCAUUUUGGAACGAUUUCGUCUUGAAAUUAUUUUCCUUAUGUAAAGCAUUCAUCAUAUACUAUAUAGAUGUUACUACUCUGUACAUUGUUUCAGAUUUUAAAUAAACAGUUUAUACCUUGUAA